UCUGUUUCUAUAUAUCCAAAAUCAAACCAAAUUAAAGCCCCAAUAAAAUGUAAUCAUUUAUUGAUUUUUCAAUAUGAAUUGAUUUUUAUCCAAAUCGUUAACCAACAAAAAAUAAAAAUAAAAAAACAACUUAUGGAAACCCAAACUUUUAACUAAUUCGGAAUUGCAAUUCUAGGGUUCAAUAACAUUUGACUUCUUCUGCCCAGUUAUAGCCAACCUACUCCAUUCGCCAUUGUUGAUGUUUUGCUGCACUCUGUUUUCAGCUGAAACAGAGUAUAAAACAGAAACCCAUCUUCCAAAUCCUCCAUAGCCAUUGAAAAAUCUUCAGAAAACUAUGUGGAGGAUUUUUCAUGGAAGAAUCACAAGAUGUAUUGAACAAGCUACAUUUCACAGACAUUACUUCAAUUCUCAUCUUCCACAGAACAAUCUAAUCUUGGUUCAAGAACUCACUGAAAUUCUCAAAAACAAGAAAUGGAAAAGCCUCAUUAAACUUGCAAGCUUAAAAAAUAAGCUAAACCCGUAUGUGGUUCGGUCUGUUCUUCAUCAAGAUCAAUUGAGUAAUCAUCUUGAACGCCUCCUCAGUUUCUUUCAAUGGUCAAAACACAAAGUGGGCAUUGAAUCAGAUUUGGAAAUUCACUCAUUUUUAGCUGCUCGUUUAUGUAGUAACAAUUUGUAUAGUCCUGCUAAUUCUGUUCUUGAAAAUGUAAUCAGGUUUGGUUUGCCCCCUUUGGAAGUUUUGAAAUUUUUUUAUAAUUGUCGUAAAAAGUUUGAUGAAUCGAGAAAAUUUGAUCAUGUCGUAUUUGGGUUGUUGAUGGAUAAGUAUAGGGAGAAAGGGUAUUUGUUUGAAGCUGCUAGUGUUGUUUUUGCUCAUAGUAAUGAUCUUGAUUGUAUCCCUAGCUUGUUGUAUUGUAAUAGUUUGUAAACGGAUCUGUUGAAAGAUGGUAACUUUAGAUUGUUUUGGCGAGUUUGUGAUGCAAUGCGUGAAGCAAAUGUUACGUUUAAUGCCCUUACGUAUACUAGUAUGGCGGAUGCUCAUUUUAGAGAGGGGAAUGUUAGUGAUGCCAAGGAAGUAUUGGCUGAGAUGGAAGAGAAGGGUCUUUGUUCAAGUAAUUUUACCUACAAGUUUUUGAUGAAGGGUUUGUUUAGAGCUGGGUAUGUGGAUGAGGCAAUUGAGGUUAAAAAAAGUAUGUUUGCCAAGUCGUUAGUCCCUAAUCGAUAUUUUUAUGCCACAUUUAUUGAUGGGCUUUGUGCUGCCAAUAGAUUUAGAGAGGCAAUAAUGGUAUUAGCUGAGAUGUCUGAGAUGGGAGUGAAGCCUGAUGCAAAGGUUUAUGAAGCUUUACUUGAUUGUUACUUGAGACAUGAUGAUGUGGAUGAGGCUUUUAAAAUUAAGGAUGCUAAAGGCAUCACUUUAGCCCUGUGCAAUACGCUUCUUCGUGUGCUCUGCAAGUGUGGUAAGAUGGAGAAGGCAAAUGAACUUGUGGAUGAGAUGACUAGAAAAGGUAUCAAGCCUGGUUCGACAACUUAUGCCUUGUUGAUUGAGGGACAUUGUCAAUGGGAUAAUGUUGCCACUGCCUUGGAGCUUCUUGAAGAAAUGAAGAAGAAAAAUCUGGCCUCUGUUGAGUCAACCUAUUGUAUGAUAACUGAUUGUCUCUGCCGCAAUAAGGAUCCAAACACGGCUAUGUCUUCUCUUCCAAACUUGAUAAUGAAGAAAGGGAAGCGAAAUGCUCAUACGUGGAGAACUUUAUUGAUGAAUUAUCCUGGUAAAGGUCACUUACUGAAGUUGAGGGGGGUUGUGGAGGCAAUGCAUAAGCAUGGUAUUGUGCCAUCUACUUCCCAUUACAAUAUUCUUAUAAAGGGACUCUGCGAGACGCGGAAGAUGAAAGCUGCUCAAAGUUGCUUGGUUGAAAUGGUGGAUAAAGGCCUAAACCCUGACCAGGGUACUUAUGAACCCUUUAUUAUUGGAUAUUGUCGAAAAGGGCAGUUGCAAAAUGCGGAAAGAUAUUUAUUGCAGAUGCUGCAUCAUGGGUUUAAGCCCACAGAAGAAGUUUAUAGUGCUUUGAUUAGUGCGAACUGUAAAAGUGGUUAGGUAAGCAAAGUCUUUGGUGUAUUUUGAAGUAUGCAUGCAAGUGUGGGAGGCUUAUCUUGUCCUCCUUCGUGGUCUAUUGGUGAAUGGAAAAAUGCUAAAAGCAGCUGAAGUUAUUUCAGAACUUCAUGGCAAGGAUCUGGUCCGCUGAUGUUUCAUACUAAGAAGCUCUCAUAUCCAUUUACCCUUUACAAGGAAUCGCACAACUGAGAAAGUUGCAAAUUCUGCAUACCUCACCAAUUGCAGCCAAAGUUUGCUGCUGAUCUGGUCUUUGGUUCAACAAGUUGUCCAAGAAAAACUGAACAGAUCUCCUCACCUAAGAAGAACAAAAGGUUAUUAGGAGUUUCAAUAGAUAGCUACUCUUAGAUAAGGCCUUAAAUUCAUUAGUGAUUUUCUUCCUUUUCUUUGCAGGGUUUUGAGGUCAGGGUAUGUAACAUACAGCUGACAUGUCUCCUGUGGGCUGAAGUGCUUCAAGAUCAAUAAGCCCUUGCAUAACCUGUGUACACAUAAUAUUUCUCUUAUUAAUAUACACAGAAUUAGCUCUCUCUACUCCAAAAUAUUUUAAUGCAAAGCACAAUAAUGCUUCUGGCCACCAGAUACAAAGAGAUGGAUUCAAUUGUUUCUUCUGAGUUUUAAAUGCCGCAACAAUGAUAACAAGUGGAAGGGGAAUUUACAAUCAAUAUUUGUCUUGCUUUGAGGCAGGUGACAGGUGGUAAAUGCAAGUGGAGCAUGAGGAAAAAGGUUGAUUGUCUUAUAAGAUUUGCUCUCCAAGAGAGUCAAAAGCUGAAAGUAACUAGCUAGAGUAAGUCGAAUACAUCUAAUCACUUCUAUAUCAUCCUUCACUGCACAACUUACCCUAAAUACAACAACUUUAUGAAUCUCUCUUGCAUUGUAAGUACAUUACUGAGAAUCUUUUUGAUAAAUUAAAAUUAUUUCAGAGAAUUACAAUAUUGUCAAUUGUUGAAAAUGGAAGGAGAAUGUUUUCUACUUGA